UACCGUACGUUUCCGCUUUUUUUCUGCCGGAAGAAUAGUUGGCUGCUGGGCUAGGGGGGCGCGGUGGAUAUUGACCUUUACCCUUACUUCGUCGUUGGGGCACAGCGUGUCUCCCCGCAGCCUACUUCCUCCCAAAGAACCGGUUUCCGGCCUCUGAGCCUCCAGCGAGAUGUUACUGUUGGUGCUGCUGCUCCCCGUGUGCUGGGCCGUGGAGGUCAAGCGGCCCCGGGGCGUCUCCCUCACCAACCAUCACUUCUACGAUGAGUCCAAGCCUUUCACUUGUCUGGAUGGCUCCACCACCAUCCCUUUUGAUCAGGUCAACGAUGACUACUGUGACUGCAAAGAUGGUUCCGAUGAGCCAGGAACAGCUGCUUGUCCUAACGGCAGCUUCCACUGCACCAACACUGGCUACAGGCCCCUGUACAUCUCCUCCAGAUGGGUCAACGAUGGGGUUUGUGACUGCUGCGAUGGGACAGACGAGUACAAUAGUGGGAUCGUCUGUGAGAACACUUGCAAAGAGAAGGGCCGCAAGGAAAGAGAGACAUUGCAGCAGAUGGCAGAGGUUACCCGCGAGGGGUUCCGCCUGAAGAAGAUCCUUAUUGAGGACUGGAAGCAGGCCCGAGAAGAGAAGCAGCAAAAGCUCACUGAGCUACAGGCCAGAAAGAAGUCCCUGGAAGACCAGGUGGAGAUGCUACGGAUGGUGAAGGAGGAGGCUGAGAAGCCAGAGAAGGAGGCUAAAGACCGGCACCAGAAGCUCUGGGAAGAGCAGCAGGCCGCCUCCAAGGCCCAACGGGAGCAAGAGCUGGCAGUCAGCGCCUUCCAGGAGCUGGAUGACAACAUGGACGGGGUGGUCUCAGUGGCCGAGCUGCAGACUCACCCAGAGCUGGACACAGAUGGGGAUGGGGCCCUAUCAGAAGGGGAAGCCCAGACCCUGCUUGGGGGAGACACGCAGAUGGACCCUACCUCCUUCCAAGACCACCUCUGGGCUGCCAUCAAGGACAAGUACCAGUCUGAGGUUCUGCCCACCAGCCCGCCAGCACCUUCUGUGCCUGACCUGAUGGAGCCUAAGGAAGAGCAGCCCCUGGCGCCCCCACAGCCCAUGGAAGAGGAGGAGGAGGAGGAAGAAGGGGAGACAGAGGAGGAGGAGGAAGAGGAGGAGGAGGAUUUCCAGGUGCAGGGGGAGCAGCCCAAGGAGGCACCACCCCCACUUACACCCCCCCAGCCAGCCAGCCCCACCGAGGACAAAAUGCCACCCUACGAUGAGCAGACACAGGCCCUUAUUGACGCUGCCCAGGAGGCCCGCAACAAGUUUGAGGAGGCCGAACGGUCCUUAAGGGACAUGGAAGAGUCCAUCAGGAACCUGGAGCAGGAGAUUUCCUUUGAUUUCGGCCCCAGUGGGGAGUUUGCCUACCUGUACAAACAGUGCUACGAACUCACCACUAAUGAGUACGUCUACCGGCUCUGUCCCUUCAAGCUUGUGUCACAGCAACCCAAGCUCGGCGGCUCUCCCACCAACCUCGGCACCUGGGGCUCGUGGGCCGGCCCUGAACACGACAAGUUUAGCGCCAUGAAGUAUGAACAGGGCACUGGCUGCUGGCAGGGCCCCAAUCGCUCUACCACUGUGCGCCUGCUGUGUGGGAAGGAGACAGUGGUGACCAGCACCACGGAGCCCAGUCGCUGCGAGUACCUCAUGGAGCUGAUGACGCCUGCUGCCUGCCAAGAGCCACCCUCCGAACCCCCUGCAGACAGUGACCAUGAUGAGCUCUAGCCCUCCCCAGAAGAGGUGGGCAGGGAAGUGGGUCUCUGCCUGCCUGGACUUGGGGUACAGUAGAGUCUAAGGAAAACAGAUCUAGGUUGGCACUACUUCUCACUUGUGUCCUAUCGUCUUUCUUUCUUGUUGGGUCUUUCUCUGGCCCCAGAACCUCAAGGCAUGGAACCAGCCCCCAGUGGUGCUGCCUACCCACCCCACAUUCUGUGGAUGAAGGCCUGCCCCUCUGAGUCUCCUUGACCUCCCCACAGGCAAGAACUGUGAGGGGCCCCCUGCCCUGCUCUUAGGGGGCCAGGUUGAGCAGAGCCAUUUGCUCAGGCCUCAGUGGUCCCCAAAGAUGGACUAAAGGAGUGCAUCCUCCCCAGGCCCCCAGCCUGGUGGCUCACUGCCAAGCCCCCCCCUGCCCAGGGCAUCUGCCUCCCCUGCUGGCAGGGACAGUGAAUUGACUGUGACCUUGAAACAAUAAAUGAUAUUCCCAACCCA